AGGCCCCGCAAAGAAUCGCAAGUACCACAAGCGAGACAAAGCCACGAAAAACACGGUCGUUCUUUUACCCUGGUGGUCAAGAAAUUGCGGUGCCCUGCUCACCACGAAUGAGUUAAGUAUCUAAAUAAAAGUGUCACAUCUCUACUCUUUUCGUCAAGUAUUUAACGGAGGCAAACGGAGUGCGAGUGUAGCCCUAGCACCGAGGCACCGGACAGUUGUCCAGGAAAGGCACUGAGUCAGUGUCAGCCGAGUGCUCUGUUCUCCCUCCUUCUCAUCGUACGUCAGUAGCUUAAUGUAAGCAAAAUCACAAAUAAGCACAAAUAUCCUGUUUAGACCACCUUCUGUCUCUCAAUCACAAAACAUUCUAGCGUCGUGUGAUAAUAAACGCUACAUUUUCCACUCACCUAGAUUUUCCCUUAUAUAUACAACACUGUUGAGAAACAGAAGUGCUGUCAGUCAGCGCCUCGUCUUUCUCUCAUAUACCUACAAGCAGCUACUUCCAAUUAGCUGCGGGAGCAGCACUUCUACCCCUGACAAAAAUUAUACCCAAGAUCGUACUUACCCCUAAUCGAAAUUGAUCCUUAAGAGGACACACCCGCUUUCUCUCUUUCCACAUUUUCCUGAGACGGCCCCUAUUACCCUCCCUCUCCCCGAAACUUCAAGAUGUCGGCUGCAGGAGCCUCUACUGCAGCUGCACCCCCGCAGCAUGCAUACGCUUCCACCCUGACGCAACUGGGCGAUCAUCAGGAGAAGUGGUUUUUCUCCCUGAAAAAACUCCAGGACGAGCGCGUAGACACCCUUCCCUACUGCAUCCGCAUUCUGCUGGAGUCGGCGGUGCGCAACUGCGACGGGUUCGAAGUGAAAAAGCAGGACGUGGAGAAUAUUUUAAACUGGCAGAAAAAUGCGGGUCAGGUGGAAGUGCCCUUCAAGCCCGCGCGGGUGGUGCUGCAGGAUUUCACCGGCGUGCCCGCGGUUGUGGACUUUGCAGCGAUGCGGGACGCCAUGGCACGGUUGGGCGGGGACCCGACGCUGAUUAACCCCUUGUGCCCGGCAGAUCUUGUGAUCGAUCACAGUGUGCAGGUACGAUGAAGAAGACUUAGCGUUUUUUUCCAGGUUUGUUCGUUACGGUUUCGGUCGACGUACCCGUUCAUGACAAUCUCGUUGGACUACUUUUUCUGCAACACCAAUUUAAGUUUUACUUCUUUGUUCCAGGUUGAUUUCAGCCGGACCCCAGAAGCGCUGAAGAAAAACGAAGAUUUGGAAAUGGAAAGAAACAAAGAGCUAUGAUAUUGAUGCAAACUUUGCUGGGAAAGGGAAUAAGCCAGCAAAGGCAUGGGUUAUGGGCAGAGAUAAAUGCAACUUGUAUACGAGUCACUACUACUAGUAGGUACCAAAAUUUUCUUGAACAUGAUCAAAACCUAAACCCCGAUUCUGUAUUCCCGCCUCCAGCCCCAGCAGAGUUUGGCCCUUGCAUACCUUCGUUUCCAGUUUCUAAAAUGGGGCGCCAAGGCCUUCGACAACAUGACGAUCGUGCCGCCAGGCAGCGGGAUUGUACAUCAGGUCAACCUCGAAUACCUCGCCCGAGUGGUUUUCAACACUGAGGAUGAAAGUAAAUCUGUGUCAUCAACUACACCGGAAAAGAAAAGGCUGCUCUACCCGGACUCUUUGGUCGGCACGGAUUCGCACACCACCAUGAUCGACGGCUUGGGAAUCGCGGGGUGGGGGGUCGGCGGCAUCGAGGCGGAGGCCGUGAUGCUGGGGCAGGCGAUAUCCAUGGUGUUACCCGAAGUGAUCGGGUUCGAACUCACGAACAGCAUGGACAAACUCUGCACAGCGACCGAUCUGGUACUAGUACUACUCUGAAUAAUUUUAUCAUUUUCUCGGCUAUUUGUAAUUGUAAUUCUAAUUGUAUUUAUUCGAGAACCGCGGGCAACAUGUACAUUCCGUUCACAUGAGAUGAAGAUGAUGAGGCAUAUUUUUCCAUUCCCAUUCACCCCGCAUUUUUUCGAAAAAGGUUCUCACCUGCACGGCGAUGUUGCGGAAGCGUGGCGUUGUCGGGAAGUUUGUCGAGUUUUUCGGCCCCGGUUGCGCCUCGUUGACCGUCGCGGACCGUGCGACCAUCGCGAACAUGAGUCCGGAGUACGGGGCGACGAUGGGUUUUUUUCCGACGGACGCGAAGUCCAUGGAGUACCUGGUCCAAACCGGGCGGAGCAAGGUAUGGCGUUCUCAAGUGUAGUUACAUUCUCAACUGUUACAUGAAUUUGUAAUGCGAGAACAAUAACAGUGAGAGUGGCAAUAUUGCAGCUUUCGCAUCACAGAUUUGCCACAGAUUAUCAUGCUGCUUAGCCGUUCGAAAAUUUGUCAUGCUAAGCACCUCGAUCAAGUGGAACUGGAAACUGAUGGCAAUUUUGCAUGACAAAUCCGUGUAACAGUUGAGCACGUAACAGUUGAGAAUGCCAUACAAUGCGCAGGUCGCGCGGAUCGAGAACUACCUUCGGGAAAACGGGUAUGGGAGUGUCAGGAUUGAAAUCGUCAAAGUUGACAGAGUUUGUGACGCAUAAAAUGCUAGACGCAAAGGGCCUGUCUUGCAGAGCAGGCAACUGAGGCCGAUUAUAAGCCUGCUCCGGGUGUGAGAUAGACCUGCUAAAAUAGCAUGACAAAAGCAGUCUUCUCUGCUCAAACAGCAUGACAAAUUGGAUUUCCAUGCUCCCAAAAUUUGUCAUGCGCCACUUGCAAACUGGGCUCCAGCUUGUAUCGCUUUUCUGCAUUACAGAUUGAUUAUCUCAACUUUGACGAUUUCGAUCCUGACGCUUCCAUAACGGGCUGUUCCGGCUGUACGACAAGGAAUCAGAGCAGUUGAACGCGAAAAUCAAGUACACGGACGUGCUGCACCUGGACCUCUCCACGGUUGUGCCCUGCGUGUCCGGGCCGAAGCGGCCCCACGACUACGUGUCUGUAAAAGACAUGCCUCGGGACUUCACGAGCUGUCUGACCAACAAGAUCGGCUUCAAGGGGUUCGGGUUACCGAAGGAGAAAUUGGCGGACACGGUCAAGUUUACGUACAAAAACCAGGAAUUCGAACUGAAACACGGGUCCUGCGUCCUCGCAGCCAUCACCUCCUGCACCAACACGAGCAACCCGGGCGUGAUGCUGGGCGCGGCGCUGCUCGCGCGGAACGCGCUGCGGAAGAACCUCUCCGUGUUGCCGUACAUCAAAACCAGUUUGAGUCCGGGCUCUGGGGUGGUGGCCAGCUACCUGGAGGAAUCGGGACUGAUCAAAGAUUUGGAGAAGCUCGGGUUCUACAAGACCGGGUUCGGGUAUGGAUGUGUCAGAGUUGAAAUCGACAAAGUUGAAAUGAUUUGUCAUGCAUAAAAUGCGACACAUUGCUGAAGGCGCAAGGGAGGGGGCAGAUUCUAGUGCUGAGAAGGGUCAAGAAUUGGGCUGCUGAGUAGCAUGACAGGGCGCAGCCAUCUUGCCCUAAACAGCAUGACAGACUUGCUUCGAGGCCAGGAAAAUUUGUCAUGCGCCGAUUGGAAACUGUGGGUCCAACUGGUAUAGAUUUUAUGCAUCACAAAUUAUUUUUUCAACUUUGUUAAUUUCAAUCCUGACAGUUCCAUAUCGGGUGCCAGACCUGCAUCGGGAACUCGGGCGAGUUGGACGACGAAGUGUCCAAAGCGAUCACGGAAAAGGACCUGGUGGUCGGUGCGGUUUUGUCCGGCAACAGGAAUUUCGAGGGCCGGGUGCACCCCCUGACGCGGGCGAACUACCUGGCCAGUCCGCCGUUGGUCGUGGCCUACGCACUCGCAGGGAGGAUGGACAUUGACUUCGAAAAGGAACCGAUCAGCGGAAACGUGUUUCUGAAAGACUUGUGGCCAAAUCCGGAGGAGAUUCGUAAUACUUACAACUUGGUUUUGAUUUGAUUUGGAUUUCAUUUUCAUUGUCAACAGAAAACAGUAGAGUGCUGCUUUUAAUAGUGCUGGUGUUGUAAAAGAAACAAAGAAGCAAGGCGGAAAACGAAAAAUAUUACGUUGGGGGGCAGCGGAAGCGGAUGAUGUCAUGCAACUUCUACUGAAAGAGAAAUAAAGUGUCAUCGUGACCGCUGCAAAAGAUGAACUUCGGUCUGUGGCAUCGUCACGCGAGAUCACCUGAUCACGAAUCGUUUGUACUUAAGUGUAACCACGGAAAAAGGAAAUUGAAAAACAGUCUUGCAAGAUGAACAGAUGCUACAUCAUCCCUUUGAAGGAGGAAAAGGAUCUACGCAUCCGUGAUAUUGGGGGUAGAGCGCGAGGAAGCGUCAUGAACGCGACCCGCUUGUUGAUGAUCGAGCGAAGUAGUUCAAACAAUUGACAACAGAAGCGACAAUGAAAACCAAAAUCCAUCUUCAGGUGCCUUGGAGCAAGAGUUCGUAACGGCAGAAAAGUUCCUGGAUGCCUACUCGCGGGUGACAAACGGCUCCGAUGGGUAUCCAAGCGAAAGUCUGAGGAUGUUUCAGCAAGGAGCAAGAAGGUUUUAACUUUUGCAUUCGAGACAUCGAGGAACGGCAUUUAAAUACGCAAAAGUAUUUUAGCUGUGGUGCACUGGUUUUUGUUUUCAACUUCAACUUCUAGAAGGCGGUCACGCACGUCAUGAAACCGAUGAUGACGCAACACCGUCGUGAAUAACGUCAUUACGGAUGGGGUUGCAAGUCAAUUAUCUUUCUUCAUUGUUCUGCAUGAAGAAGAUGUGAAGACAUGGUACUGCAGUUACUCUUAGAAUUAGAUUCACCAUCAAUCUUUCGCCCCCAUACCGCAUGGCAGAAACUGGUUGUGGAGGAAGGCAAGCAAUAUAACUGGAAUGACAAGUCGACCUACAUCCACAAUCCACCGUUCUUCCAGGGCGUCGCACGGGAACCCACGGCCUUGAAAAACGUAUUUGCUGACUUGCAAAAAUAAAUGCUGCGAAGCGCGUUCCAUCGCGUUUCAAGUGCAAUAGUAUCAGUUUCGCAUUUGCACAAGCUACACGCAAAACUGAAGCAUUUUGAAAUUUAUUUUCGUUUGAGCCGACAGCACGCGAAUCCGCUUUGCCUUUGUUUUUCACGGCAUGCGGCUGCGAGAUCUUUAUCAUUGUGGACGGAUCUAUCUUGAGCUACUACUAUACAUAUUUAUGAGUGUGUGCAAACGAAAACGAAAUCACCAUCAGGUCAACAACGCCUACUGCCUGUUGAAUUGCGGAGACAGUAUCACGACAGACCACAUUUCACCAGCGGGAAAAAUCGCCAAGAACUCACCGGCGGGAAGAUAUCUGUAUCCGAGCGAAAUUUUUACAGCGCCUGCGCCACGAAAGCCCUGGUAAUAUUUCCGCUCCUGUUCAAAUGUACCGAAAGGAAAGCAGGGCGGGGAACAAGCAUAAGCUACUUGUUUUGAUGUCACGCACAGUUUUCGGUGGUGCGUAGCAAUACUCACGAUGGUGUGAUGUGCUUCAGAAGUACGUAUGAAACGUUGCGUGAGUAAGGGCGUUAUCUAUGCCACACAGCAGCACGACGUGAAAGCGCGUCUAUUCGAGUGCGCGAUAUUUCGUGUGCGUGACAGCUACAGAAUAAAUGACGCAGCCCCCCCUUCAAGUAGAGAAAUUCCUUUCCAAGGAAGCCUAGAGCGCUCAUCAUUAUUUCGCGUGCAUAAUUCGAUGCAGCGUAGCAUUAAGCCGGAGGACUUUAACUCGUAUGGUUCGCGACGAGGGAACGACGAGAUUAUGGCCCGCGGGACUUUUGCGAACAUCCGCAUGAUCAACAAGCUGAUGAACGGAAAACUGGGUCCGCAGACCGUCCACCACCCGACCAGCAACUAUGACCUGCUCAAACGUUACAAUCUCAAACGUUACAGUAGAAUCUGGGACUUGUCUUGCAUGAUGAGCAUGACAGACUCGCAGAGCGUUCCACUUUCUGCAAUACAAAUUUCGCCGGAUUAUAGUGCGGUUUGGAGCUCCGAAACCUGUCACGCGCAAGCCUGUGGGAAGAGGCUAGAUCAUGCGCUCUUGCAUCACAGAUUUCGAUUUCCAUAUUCUACUGUAACGUUUGAGAUUGUAAUACCUGAGCGGGCUAUAGCAAAGUGAUGGACAUUUUCGAUUGCGCGAUGCUAUACAAGCAGGAGAACGACGAGUGCUGCAUCCUCGCCGGGAAGGAGUACGGCUCCGGGUCGAGUCGGGACUGGGCGGCGAAGGGACCGUUUCUGCAGAAUGUGCGAUUUGUGAUCGCCGAGUCCUUCGAGCGCAUCCAUAGGUCGAACCUGGUGGGCAUGGGCAUCCUGCCCCUCCAGUUUAUGGAAAACGAGAACGCCGACAAGCUGCAGCUGACCGGCAAGGAACGCUUACGCAUCGCAAAAGUAGCGCACUAGUACAAUGAAAGGCAACAAUGCAAUUAUGCUUCAUCUACUGCUCACGAACAAAAAUGCAAUGUCUCAUGCUACAACUAGAUCACGAUCAGUUGGCAAGAUAGGUCUGUUGUGCAUGUCUCGUCUGACGAGUACAAGUGCGGUACUUUUGCACAGGACAACGGUUUUCCAUCGACAACCUGAAGCAGCAGUGCAUCGACGGCGGGGUCAAGGCGAAGGUCGUGGUCAAAGUGAAUGACGGCAGAACGUUAUCCAAGAAAAAAACGUUGUUAGUGUAAAUUUGUGAUGCGCAAGAUGCAACGUGAUUGCGUCUGUCAUGCUUGGCAUGCAUCGUAGGGUCCAUUAAAGGGCGUUUUCACGUACUAUCCGCGCAUGACAGGUUUUUGCUGUCAUGCCAGACAAAUUUGUAAUGCGGUUCCUCCAAGAAAGUUGCACCGACAAUGCUUUUUUCUUGGAUAAACAUUCCACGUGAUGGCGAGGCUGGACACGGAACCGGAACUGGAAUACUUCCAACACGGCGGGAUUUUGAACUACGUACUGCGGAAACUGGCGAAAAACGCAAACGUGGGGAUCAGCAGGAUUUGAGAAGCGCACAAAUCCUUUACUUCUUGUACGAAAAAGUGCUUUUGUUUCAUACUGAACACUGGAAAAAACUUCCGAGAACAUCAAGAUUUCAUUUUCAUCACCAGCGAGUAGCUGAUUUUUUCGCAGCUCCUGCUUUUGCCAUUCCGCAUGACAUGAGCAGCUGUGAGUGCGCGAAAUGUUCCGGCAGCCAUUGUGAUAAACGGCACGAAACUAGCACACGGUUGCCAUGUAUUGUGUAGCGAAAGACAUCUUGAUAUUCAUAUUGUUAUUGACCUUUUGUUCAAAUAUUCUUCUCCUUUUCGCAUACAAGUACAACGCAAUUUGUGCUCGAAACAAACGGACAAAUGCAGACGCGAGUGUGUGAAGCUGGCUUGCAAAAGCUGCUACACGGCGCUCUGCCACCUGGUCGAAAGUGCAAUGAUGUAAUGUAGUGGUUUACCCACCAGCACGACCACCGACAUGCCUCGAGCUGAUGUAUGAUCACAGAGUUUCUGCUAUAGCCUGUAUUUCUAAUAUUCUUUACUUGACAUGAUCUCGACCUCGACGAGGGCGAUUGGGAUUGCAAUGCGUGCGGGUCAUAUUUCGAGUCCAGACGCAGAGGCGCACGAUAGCGAAAGUUAUGUUCCAGGUCCGCCUGGGCCUGCUCUUGAGGAAAGGAAUUGAAAUUAUGAUUGGUCCAUGUAUGAUUAAAGAAUUUUCCAGGGAGAAGAAGUUGAUGAAGUUGCUGCUAUUUGUAAUAUUGCUUUAGUACAUGUACAACAUCUAUAAGAUAAAGAUAAAGAUCAGGAGUGCUUCGUGCUUGUCUCUCCACCGCUAGUUGGUUCUUUUUCUUCUAUGCUGUAAGAUGAUCAAGAUCAAUGUAGUUACUCUAUUGCUUGCCCUUUCUUCAACAUGUGUGGUGUUGGAUUAGAAGCCAGGCGAAGCCGGCCCCGGCGUUCUUGCUUCUUGAGAAAAAGCUAGCUCGUCACGUUUGUUACGAUGUAAUUAGCAUUUUCCUCCAGAAGAUGCUUGUUAUGCUAGCGUGAGUAUAUCUGCUUCACCUGAGCUGCGACACUUAUGGCAAUACUAUGCGUCAGCGUCAGUGUUGAGGACAGCGUUGCAUUGAUUCAGUACAGCUUUUUCAUAGGUGCGCGUCAGUGGUCCAAGAGAAAGACACUGGCUUGCUGCUCGUGGGGCGUACGCAGAAUUGAAGCUGUGGCCAAGCAGGCGCAACCGUCAAUAUCCAGACAUAAGUGUAGAAUUCUCGUCUUUGGGAACCUACAUUGGUUGCGUCUCCAAAUUUUCCUUCGCUGUAGAACUGUUCUAGUGCGUGGACAGGAACGAUCUUAAGUUGCUUGCUUAACUCAAUCAGGCACCGACGCCCUGCCAGAAAAGGGCGUGGCACCGCUCUG